AUGGAUGGACGCGGUAGGAAGCGGUAUACUUUGGCCGAAAUCCACGCUCAACUUUUUGAUGACGGCGGGAAUGAGACAGAGGAUGAUGCGGUGUCCGAAGCUGACAGUACCGACUCAGCGCUUCAGGCGUUUGAGGACGGCAUAGAUGUCGUCCUCGAUUUUGAGGAGACAUCUGACUCGGAUGAUGGGAACACAUCUGAUGACCCUUUGGAAGGGACUUCAACUGCCCCACACCCAGCUGCCUCUCCAACUCCUCCAGCUGCCUCUCCAACUCCUCCAGCUGCCUCUCCAACUCCUCCAGCUGCCUCUCCAACUCCUCCAGCUGCCUCUCCAACUCCUCCAGCUGCCAGCAGUGUGCGCAUGAGUGGCAGGCGCCGUGAUCUCCACCCUGCUCCAACUCCAUGCCCUCCUCCAGUUAGUCGUGGUGCUAGGCGUGGUAAGCGCCCCUCAAAAGCCUCUGCUCCAACUCCAUGCCCUCCUCCACCAAGCCGUGGUGCUACGAGUGGUAAACGCACCUCACAAGCCCCUGCCUCAACGCCAAGCCGUCCUGCGAAGCGUGCAUCCCUGGGUCCACCGCCGCAGGACUCCGACUUCUGGCGUGAUGCAACGAGUGAAGACGUGGAGCCUCCACCGUUGCCAUUUCGACCCAGGCGCCCUCCAGGACCACAGCUGGACCCUCAGGUAGACUACCGGCCGCUUGACCUGUUCUUAUUGUUUUUCAGCAAGGACGUGGUUAGGACCCUGUGCAGGCAUACCAAUCUCCAUGCUGCAAAAAGGGCUGCACAAGGACGAAAGAGGAAGUGGGUCGACAUAGAGCCGGAGGAGAUGUACCGCUUCAUCGGAUUGGUCAUCUACAAGGGAUUGAUGAAGUUGCCAGAGAUGCGGGACGGAUGGAGGAAGGACCGCCUUCACAGUUUUCCCUUCCCUGCAUCCGUCAUGCCAGGGUACAGAUACGAGGUAAUCUUCUCAACCCUUCACAUGAGUGACCCGGCUGUUGAUGCAGCAAAUGAUCAGCUGAAGGGCCAGCCUGGGCACGAUGGCCUCUGCCGCCUCAGGCCGCUGCAUGAUGACCUCCUGACGGCGUGCAGGGCUUACUUCCACCCGCUCCAGAACCUCUCAGUGGAUGAGAGGAUGGUAGGCACCAAGUCCCGGAUCGGGAUGAAGAUGUACAGCAAGGACAAGCCAACAAAGUGGGGGUUCAAGCUGUUUGUCUUGGCUGACAGCUCGAAUGGCUAUACGUGCCACUUCUCGAUUUAUGAGGGGAAGGCAAGGGCACCAUCUGGGCAGGGCCUCAGUUAUGAUGCUGUUGUAGAGUUGGUCCAUGUCCCGUCCCUGGGCACAGGGUACAACGUGUAUGUGGACAACUUUUACACCAGCUCAAAGCUGUUCCUCCACCUCCAUGGCAUGAACUAUGGCGCCUGUGGGACGAUCCGGGAGAACAGGAUCGGGUUUCCGCGCACACAGUGGAAUGCCAUGCCGAAGAAUGCAGCCCGUGGAGAGCUGCGUUGGAUUCGGGAUGGUCCACUGCUGUUCGUGAAGUGGAGGGACAGCCGGGACGUCACGAUGUGUUCCACCAUCCACAAGGCCUACGGGGGGCAGACCGUGAAGCGUCGAGUCAAGGACCGGAACACAGCCGCGUGGAGCAUUCGGGAAGUCCCUGUGCCGGAGCCGGUGAAGGCGUACAACAAGUUCAUGGGAGGAGUGGACUUGAGUGACGCCCUCAUCAAGUACUACACCGUGACCCACAAGACACGGAGGUGGUACAUGAAGCUGUUCCUCCACUUUGUGGAUAUUGCGGUUGUGAACAGCUUCAUCCUGCACAAGGAGACCGCACUGGCCCAGGGGGAGACGCCGCUGACCCAGAAAUCCUUCAGGGAAUUUCUGUGCCUGGAGCUGGCUGACUUCGGCAAGCCACAGCCCGACCCACCAGCAGAGACUUCCAGUGCAGAUGUGUCUGCUGAAGCCACUGGUGAGACACCGCAAGCCCAGGCAAUGUCUUCCUGCCAAUGUCUCCCUGUUCCGGUUGUGGAUCAGCUGUCCUCUGAUCCACACCUCAAGGCGACACAAGGGAGGAGAAAGUGUGUGCUCUGUGGCAUGAAGACAAUGUUCAAGUGCAAGGCUUGCCAGGUUGCACUGUGCAUUAUUGUGGACAGACUCUGCUUCACCACAUGGCACGAGCAGAAGAGCACACACUAA